CAUUCUUGACUGGAGUUUGUACUGUGCUCCAUUCCUCAUAUCGCUUGCUUAUAUGGUUGUGGUUGUGAUGGGAAGCAUUGGUACUCAGACGGAAGGCUUAGUGCCUUCAAGUUUGGGAGCGUUUGUAUUUAUCUCCACAAUAAAAAAUGAAGAUGCUUGCACACAGUGUUGGCUGCCCCUCACAUGUGAUGUCAGCACUUCAACUGAUGAACUUGCAACGUACAUACAAAGUUUCAUAGACAAGAACAAGAAUUGUGAAUCAUCAGGCACAGGGAAAAGACGUGGGCGACCAAGGAAGCCUCUUGUUGUGACUGCAGACAGCUCUGGAGAAACAUCUAGCAGUAUUUUGUACAAGAAACUUAAAAUAGAAUCCAAAGAUGAAUUUGUUCACACCAGAAUUAAGAGAGAGAGGAAAAUCCCAGUUAAGUUUGAUCCCAGUGAUGUUUGCAAAACAAAAGCUACAAGCAUACCAGCUUCAAAGUUCAAUAUUAGAUCUGAAAUUGAGGAAAUUGAGAAUAUUAAUGAAAAUGUUAGACUUCUUGACUCUGACAGUGAUUGGACAGAUGAAGAAAGUGCCAAUAACAAAAUAUGUGACACAAAUGAUAACACAAAUGGUAUGUGUGAAGUCCCAGAUUGUACUAAUAAUAAGUGUGCAAAUAUGAAAUGCUUUCAGAACAAUUGGACAGAUAAAGUCAUUCAUGAAGAAUUGGACAAAGAAAAAAAAGGUGAAAGUGAAUAUACAGUAUAUGAAAACAAACACAAAAUGAAUGUUGUGAGUAAUAAUGCAGAUGAUAAAGGGAAAGCUUCUUGUAUAAAUGUUAAAGUGUGUAAGAGAAAGAGAAUGCUAAAUUACCAUGAGAAUAAAGGACACUCCAAACGAAAGCAUGCAGGUGGUGGGCCAUACACUUGUGAACAGUGCCAUGUUGAUUUUAAACUCAUUUCCAUUUAUAGUAAACAUAUGUUAAACCAUGAAAUUGCCGAAGGAAAACACUCCGUUAAAUGUAAAUUAUGUGGUAAAGUUCUUUCAUCACAUGUCAACUUACGUCGCCACAUGAUGAUUCAUACAGGGAAGCCUUUUACAUGUGAGAUAUGUGGAAAAGGAUUUACAGGGCGUUACUUGUUACGAGAACAUUUGGCUGUAGAACAUGAUCAGAUUUCUUCAAAUACACAAUCCCCAACAAAUCACCAGUGCCGUGAAUGUAAGAAAUACAUGUCUACCAGAACAGCUUUGCAAUACCACCAAGCACAGUUACACCCAUGUAUGAAAUGUAAUAGGAAAUUCUCUUGCAGAACUGGUUUGAGAGAACAUGUGCUGCAAGUCCAUGAUCACGUUAGCGUAACUAAAGGAGGUCGCCUUGUGUGUGUUCAGUGCAAUAAAUCCUUUAAUUAUAGACACCAUUACCUUAAUCAUGUAGCUCACCACUCAGACGAAAAAACACACAAGUGUCAAAAAUGUAAAAAAGGAUUUUUGACUAGUCAAGCACUAUAUUGUCAUACAAAGCAAGUUCAUGAAAAGUACAAUUAUCGUUACCCGUGUGAAACAUGUGAAAAAGUGUUCAUAUGUAAUGCAAAAUUGGUGGAACAUGUAAGAACUCACACUGGAGAGAAGCCAUUUGAAUGUGGUAUAUGCAGUGUUGCAUUUGCUGCCAAAGCCACUUACAAAUCUCAUAUGAAACUUGUUCACAGUCAAACUCCAAAACAGAGAUGGAAAAAGAGCAAAGAUAUGCCUGUAUUAUAUAUGUACAACUGUCCAUUGUGUGACAUUAAAGAUUUGAAAGCAGAUGAACUGGAAGAUCACUGCUGGAAUAUACAUAAUGCAACAGUACAGUUUUCACAUGAGGUACCAGAGAAAUUGUCUCCUCAGGAAACUAGAGCUUUAGAUGGUAGCAAAAGUAUAAUUUUAUCAAAAGGAAAUGCAAAUCUUUCAACAUUAGAAGGCAGUAAAGAAAUCCUUUUAUCUGAAGGAAGUAAUGAAAUUGUUGUAUCUGAUAGAAGCACAGAAAUUCUCCUGCGAGAGGGGAGUACAGAAAUUAUGGUGUCUGAAGAAACAUCAAGUUUACAACUACUAGUAAAUGAAGAAAAUGCUUCCAAAUCAGUCAGUAGUGCUGUGCAAGAUAGUGAUACACAAACUGCAUGAGGAGAUUGUAAUGCUAUUGCAUUACUAAAUGAUGCAAUGAAAUCAAAUUACAGAUUAUAUCACUGUGUUUUUAUUAUAUCACAUUUGUUACAGGUGUUUUGCUUACUUUUUGUGUAAUUAUAUUCUUGUUUGCUUUGAA